GUUCCCCGGGACCUGCCCCGUGGCUCUGUCUGCACCGGUGCCCUCUCCUGUCACUGCAUUUCUCCUCCUGGUCCUCACCCUGUGGCCCCGCUCUGUCCCCGGGCUGCCUGCCCGGGCUCCCGCCUUCCCCGGAGACCGAGCUGCGCUGGGUGGGCCCUGGGCCCUCACCCGUCCUGCGGCUCCCGCUCUGGUUCCCACGCCCCCUGGCAGGACUCCGCGCUCCCGGUCCGCCCUGCCCGGCGGAGGCCUGGACGGCGGCAGGAACGGCGCUCUGCCAGCUUCCUCGCCUGCCCGCCAGGAGGAGGCCCUGGGCCCUCCGCACCGUCUCCUCCCCUCGGGGCCGCAGUCCUGCACCCAUGCAAAGCUGCGGGGAGAAAGAAGCCUCCAGCUUCCCCCAGGUGGCGGGGCCUUCUGAGCGCGCCUUCCCCUUUCCCAGGCGAGGGCCCUGCUCAGCAGGCCCUGCAGGCCCUGAGCCAGCGGCUCCAGGUGCAGGAGAAGGAGAUGGAGCUGGUGAAGGCCGCCCUGGCCGAAGCCCUGCGCCUGCUGCGGCUGCAGGCGCCCCCCACCUCCCUGCAGGACCCUGGCCCGGCAGCUCCCACCAGGGCCAGCAGCCCUGCAGCCCCCCCAGGACUGCCACCCCCGUGCAGCCCCUCCUUGGUGAGCCGAGGCACCCAGACGGAGACGGAGGUGGAGAUGGAGGCAUCCCCGGGAACCCCUGGCCUGAGCAAUGGGCCCCCAGCCCCUCAGGGGGGCAGUGAAGAGCCUAGUGGAACCCAGUCUGAAGGAGGGGGCAGCAGCAGCAGUGGCACUGGCUCCCCUGGGGGCGCUGGCUCCCCGGGGGGCACGGGCUCUCCGGGCAUCCUCAGGCUUGUACAGCCCCCCCAGUGCACCGACACGGCGCGGAGAAAUUCCUCUUCAUCGCCCUCAGAGCGGCCUCGACAGAAGCUCUCCCGGAAGGCAGCGUCCUCGGCCAACCUGUUAUUGCGGUCAGGGAGCACGGAGAGCCGAGGGGGGAAAGACCCCCUCUCCAGCCCUGGGGGUCCGGGAUCUCGGAGGAACAACUACAAUUUGGAAGGCAUCUCAGUGAAGAUGUUCCUUCGCGGCCGCCCAAUUACCAUGUACAUCCCAUCUGGCAUCCGCAGCCUUGAGGAGCUGCCCAGCGGCCCACCCCCGGAGACCCUCAGCCUUGACUGGGUUUACGGGUACAGGGGUCGUGACUCCCGCUCUAAUCUGUUUGUGCUGCGUUCUGGGGAGGUGGUCUACUUUAUCGCCUGUGUGGUGGUGCUGUACCGGCCUGGGGGAGGCCCAGGGGGUCCUGGAGGUGGCGGCCAGAGACAUUACCGGGGCCACACGGACUGCGUUCGAUGCCUGGCCGUCCACCCUGAUGGUGUUCGUGUCGCCUCAGGACAGACAGCUGGAGUGGAUAAGGAUGGAAAGCCCCUGCAGCCUGUGGUUCACGUGUGGGACUCGGAGACGCUGCUGAAGCUGCAGGAGAUAGGACUGGGGGCCUUCGAGCGGGGCGUGGGGGCCCUGGCCUUUUCCGUGGUGGACCAGGGUGCCUUUCUCUGCGUGGUGGACGAUUCCAAUGAGCACAUGCUGUCCGUGUGGGACUGCGGCCGCGGCACCAAGCUGGCUGAGAUCAAGAGCACAAAUGACUCAGUCCUGGCUGUUGGCUUCAGCCCUCGUGAUAGCAGCUGCAUUGUCACCAGCGGGAAAUCGCACGUGCACUUCUGGAACUGGAGUGGUGCAGCGGGGGUCCCUGGGAAUGGGACCCUCACGCGGAAACAGGGUGUCUUUGGGAAAUACAAGAAACCCAAGUUUAUCCCUUGCUUCGUGUUCCUCCCGGAUGGAGACAUCCUCACCGGGGACUCAGAGGGGAACAUUCUCACCUGGGGGCGGAGCCUCUCAGAUUCCAAGACCCCAGGCAGGGGCGGAGCCAAAGAGACCUAUGGGAUUGUGGCUCAGGCCCAUGCCCAUGAAGGUUCCAUCUUUGCCCUGUGUCUCCGGCGGGACGGGACCGUGCUGAGUGGUGGCGGGCGGGACCGGCGGCUGGUACAGUGGGGGCCUGGUUUGGUGGCCCUCCAGGAAGCUGAGAUUCCUGAACACUUCGGGGCUGUGCGGGCCAUCGCGGAGCGGCUGGGCUCUGAGCUGCUGGUGGGAACCACAAAGAAUGCGUUGCUGCGAGGAGAUCUGGCCCAGGGCUUCUCCCCUGUGAUCCAGGGCCACACGGACGAGCUCUGGGGGCUGUGCACACACCCCUUCCAGAACCGCUUCCUCACCUGCGGCCAUGACAAGCAGCUCUGCCUGUGGGAUGGUGAGGGCCACGCGCUGGCCUGGAGCAUCGACCUCAAGGAGACGGGCCUCUGUGCUGACUUCCACCCCAGCGGGGCGGUGGUGGCUGUGGGACUGAACACGGGGAGGUGGCUGGUUUUGGAUACGGAGACCAGAGAGAUCGUGUCUGACGUCACCGACGGCAAUGAGCAGCUCUCAGUGGUUCGGUACAGCCCAGAUGGGUUACACCUGGCCAUUGGUUCCCAUGACAACAUGAUCUACAUCUAUAGUGUUUCCAGUGACGGUGCCAAGUCCAGCCGCUUUGGCCGCUGUGUGGGUCACUCCAGCUUUAUUACUCACCUUGACUGGUCCAAGGACGGGAACUUCAUCAUGUCCAAUUCUGGGGACUAUGAGAUCCUUUACUGGAACGUGGGCGAAGGCUGCAAGCUGCUGAGGAAUCGCUAUGAGAGCCGGGACCGGGAGUGGGCCACCUACACCUGCGUGCUGGGCUUCCACGUCUAUGGUGAGCAGGGGCGCAGGGUGGGGAGCGCGCCCCGGGCUGGGACUGCUGGGCGGUGUCCAGGGAGGCGGGGGGGUGUGUGUCCAGGGUGUGUGUGUGUGGGGGGGGUGUACAGCAACACAUCAACCGCGAUUGCGGGGCGGAGCCGCAACGGAAAUACCCGAGCGCGGGCCGCGGCGGCCCGGAGGCAGCCGAGCGGCUUCCGGAAGUGGCCGAGCGCCGGGGUCUCGCUCUCCGACCCGAGCCGAGCGCCCGCCUUGUUCUCCCGUCUGCCGAAGGCGCUCGGGGAGGAGGCGAAGCCGAGGCCGCGGGCCCCACGUCUGCAGCGGCUCCGCGAGGGCAGGGGCCGAACCGGCUCCGAGCCGCCGCAGGCGGAGCUCGUUCCGGAGAAGCCGAGCGACGGCCCGGGCCCUCGGCGUCCGGGUGUUGAGCGGCGGUGGCGGCGGCGCGGCGCUGCGGGCGGAGAUGAUCUGCGACGGCUGAGGCGGCGGGGGUGCGGGUUGCCCGUGCCCGACCGAAACUUCCGCGCGCCCCGGCUCCGCGCUCGACUUCCGCUCGGGCCGAAGCAUACCCCCCAGCCUCCCGGGGCCAUUGUGCUGCUGAAGCCGUCGUCGGGAACGGCCAUGCGGGCCCACAUGUACCGGGGUGGGGGCAAUUUUUACGUCUAUUUUGAGAACUCCUCCAGCAAUCCCUACCUGGGGAGACGGAUUGAGGAGCUCAACAAGACUGCAAAUGGGAACGUGGAGGCCAAGGUGGUGUGCCUCUUCCGGCGGAGGGACAUCUCCAGCAGCCUCAACAGCCUGGCGGACAGCAAUGCCAGGGAGUUUGAAGAGGAGUCAAAGCAGCCAGGGGUGUCGGAGCAGCAGCGACAUCAACUGAAGCACCGGGAACUUUUUCUUUCUCGGCAGUUUGAGUCCUUGCCAGCCACCCACAUCCGUGGAAAAUGCAGCGUGACCCUCUUGAACGAGACAGAUAUCUUGAGCCAGUAUCUGGAAAAGGAGGACUGCUUCUUCUACUCCCUGGUGUUUGACCCCGUGCAGAAGACGCUGCUCGCCGACCAGGGGGAGAUCCGAGUUGGUUGCAAAUUCCAAGCUGAGAUCCCAGAUCGCCUGGCCGAGGGGGAGUCUGAUAACCGGAACCAGCAGAAGAUGGAGAUGAAGGUCUGGGACCCAGACAACCCUCUCACAGACCGGCAGAUCGACCAGUUUCUCGUGGUGGCCCGAGCGGUGGGGACCUUCGCCAGAGCCCUAGAUUGCAGCAGCUCCAUCCGGCAGCCAAGCCUACACAUGAGUGCAGCCGCUGCCUCUCGAGAUAUCACCCUGUUCCAUGCAAUGGACACACUGCAGAGGAACGGCUAUGACCUGGCCAAGGCCAUGUCGACGCUGGUGCCCCAGGGGGGCCCAGUGCUGUGCCGGGAUGAGAUGGAGGAAUGGUCCGCCUCCGAGGCCAUGCUGUUUGAGGAGGCCCUGGAGAAGUACGGGAAGGAUUUCAAUGAUAUUCGCCAGGACUUUCUGCCUUGGAAGUCACUGGCCAGCAUAGUCCAGUUUUAUUACAUGUGGAAAACCACAGACCGCUACAUCCAGCAGAAGAGAUUGAAAGCAGCGGAAGCAGACAGCAAACUGAAACAGGUCUACAUCCCCACCUACACCAAACCAAAUCCUAACCAGAUCAUCUCUGUGGGCUCAAAACCUGGCAUGAACGGGGCAGGAUUCCAGAAGGGCCUGACUUGCGAGAGCUGCCACACCACACAGUCUGCUCAGUGGUACGCCUGGGGCCCACCCAACAUGCAGUGCCGCCUCUGUGCUUCCUGCUGGAUCUACUGGAAGAAGUACGGGGGACUGAAGACGCCGACCCAGCUUGAGGGGGCUGCUCGGGGCACAACAGAGCCACACUCGAGGGGUCAUUUGUCCAGACCUGAAGCCCAAAGUCUCUCCCCCUAUACGACCAGCGCCAACCGGGCCAAGCUGCUGGCUAAGAACAGGCAAACAUUCCUGCUCCAGACCACGAAGCUGACCCGUCUUGCCAGACGCAUGUGCAGGGACCUGUUACAGCCGAGGAGGGCUGCUCGGCGGCCCUAUGCCCCCAUCAAUGCCAAUGCCAUCAAGGCAGAGUGCUCCAUCCGACUCCCUAAGGCCGCCAAGACUCCAUUGAAGAUUCACCCUCUGGUGCGGCUGCCCCUAGCAACUAUCGUCAAAGAUCUGGUGGCCCAGGCACCUCUUAAACCAAAAACACCUCGGGGUACCAAGACACCCAUCAACAGAAACCAGCUGACCCAGAGCCGGGGCCUGGGGGGCAUCAUGGUGAAACGGGCCUAUGAGGCUAUGGCAGGGGUUCCCUUCUCUGCCAACGGCAGGCCCCUGGCUUCAGGGAUUCGCUCAAGCUCCCAGCCAGCAGCCAAGCGUCAGAAACUAAACCCAGCGGACGCCCCCAAUCCUGUGGUGUUUGUGGCCACAAAAGAUACCAGGGCCCUUCGGAAAGCUCUGACUCACCUGGAGAUGCGGCGGGCUGCCCGCAGGCCCAACUUGCCCCUGAAGGUGAAGCCACCGCUGAUGGCAGUGAGGCCCCCCGUCUCUCUGCCUGCACCCUCACAUCCUGCCAGCACCAAUGAGCCCAUUGUCCUGGAGGACUGAACUUCUGGGGAAGGGCGGGGGGCUGGAAGCUGGAGGGUGGGUGCCCAGUUCACCCAAGUUCCCUUUUCUUGAGUGUCAUAGGGAGGGAGGGAGGGAGGGAAGGAGGGAGCAAGUGUGUGUCCUUGGAGGGGUGGGCGCCCUCUGGUGUUCCCACUGCAAGGCUUGUCUCCUUCCCUUGCUCCUCGGUGCCUGGCGGUGAAGGCGGUGCCUGGCGGUGAAGGCGGACCGCAGGAAUUGGCCCACGGUGGGAACCUGGCCUCUUUCGGGGGAUAGGACCCACAGCUGUCUUGGACAGUUUUAGGGGGAGGGUUUUUUAAUUUUUUAAAAAUUUUGCCUCCCUUUGUGAAAGGGGACAGGGGAGGGGAAGAGUAAACAGACACCUGGUUGGGGGAGGGGGCGUGCACUGCCAUGUCUAUUCUUUUUUUUCUUUUUCCUAAUUGGGGGUUUCUCUUCCUGUCCGGUGUCCGGACUUUGCUAAACAGUUUGAGGCCCCUAAGCUGGCAUCAAACCCAGCCCAUGCUCACUCUUUCCUCCCCUCCCCUGGUCCCCUCCGCCUUUUGUACGCCAAUUCUCAGAAAUAAAGAUCUUUUGUCCAUUUUUUAAAUGUCGAUUCUGUAAUUGGUUCUUACAGUAACAAAUAAAAAGCUGUUUUCUUCA